AUGGAAGCAGCUGAUCACGCACGAGCUCAAUGGUACUGGAAAUCGAGUUCGAAUCCCUGGUUGAACAAUGAAAACGAACAAUGGACAAGAUAUUCCGAUAUUCAGUCUGACAUUAUUGAACACGCAUUUGAGCAAACGAUGAAUACAAAUUUGGUUGAAUUAGAUAAUUACUGGAUUGACUUGAAGCGCUCGGUUCAAAUCAGUAAGCAUGAUCAAAAUAAACAAAGACAAAUCAAACGAAUGCUAAUUACUACAAAUGACAAUGAAUGUUUACGAGAAGACAGAUUUUUUUUUCCCGAACCAUUGAAGAAACCAUUCAAUGAGGAUCGUCUGGACGGUGGUUAUCAUGGCUUUAUCAAGGAGUGGGAGACAAAAAGAAAAACAUUUUUAUUCUUUUGGCAAGAAAAGAAUAAAGAAAUUUCGAAUAGUGACAAAGUAGAACAAGCAGCAAAAGGAAUCAUCUUCGAAGGAAAUCGACUAGGCAAAAAGGAUGAAUCACAAUGGAUUGCUGAGCAAUUGCGAAGUGUGAAAAAUAGGGCAACAGACG